UGGAACAUCACACAUGACCAGGUCACUUAUUUCUUGCAAACUACCUUCUCAACUUCAACGUGCAAAACCCUUUCUGGCUGUCCACUUACUUAUACAUAUAAAUAAAAAAAUUUAAUACUCUCUAUAAUUAGGCCAUUAGCCAGCUGCAAACUGUCAUAUCUCUAUUGUCCUUCUAUUAGAAGUUCAGAACUCCUUCAAGUUUUUCUACUUCCUAACCUGAAAAUUCUCAGUAGAAAAAUGGAUGAUAAUGAUCCGAAAACCGUUCCCAGUACAAAACCUGACAUCAAAACCGGCUCCGAAGAAAAAGUGGAGCCGAGCCCGGUUCUUGAACUCGAGCCUUCGACUAUUGAGUCGGUUUUGAAGCCUGUUGUGGAAGAAUUUUCGGAGGGAGCAAAGACUCUUGUGACGUCAUGUGUUGAUCACAUGGAAAAAGGUUUAGUCGAAAAGUUGGGUCACGUUAACGUAUCUGAAUCAUUGUUCAAGUUGCCGACUUCAGAUGAAAAGGUUGGUGAGUCAUCAUCGGAGUCUGCUAAACCGGAGUCUGUAGAGAAAGAAGAACGCGGCUUGGAGGAAAAUCCAAGAAGCACAGACACUAAUGAGGGGCAGCCAGUGACAGCUGGCACACGGGCGUCGUGGAUUAACUGUUGCGGUUUGCUUGAUGUCUUGAGGCCUUCUGAUCAUUGA